AUGGGCGUGCUCUACGUCCACCUAAAAUUUGACGAGGCAGGGCCAGGCGUAAUUUGUUACCAUGAACUAAUUAGAAACUCUCUUAUUGAGAUAAAGCAAUUUAUAUUUGUCUUCUAUGUAUUACUGCAGGAUUCAGAUAUUACAGCAGCAGAGGAAACUCUCCAAUCUAGGACCCUGCUGGCAUACAUCUGUGAGGAUGUCUUACUAGCUGGCCGGACCGUUGAGUCUUUGCAAGGAAGGCAGUAUACGUAUUCGGUUUUGCUGAAUAAAGAAGAGAACAAGGUACAUCACCUGGUCCUUACCGUGUGGAGAGCAGACGAGGUCGCAGAAAAGCCACCACAUCUGGAGACCAUUCAGUCAGGAGAGGUGUACAAGCACUUGAUAGAAAGGUUCACUUCAGCUGAUGACCUGAUCCUUGUGUACGGACCACUAGUUGAUGCUACAGUUGCAGCUUUUAGACUGCAUAGAAAAGCUGUAACAGUGGGAUGUCCUGAAGUUGAGGAGGAAAUUCGAUUGAUGGUGCGGCAAUCUACCCUAAUGGACAGCAGUGAUCCCUACGAAUACAGCGACGAUUGAUUUAUAUUAGGACGCUUGGUCAAAGGGGAUACGAUUUUCUAGUUUGGUACAUGGUCAAAGGAGAUAACAAUUUCUAGUUUGGUCUUUGGUCAAAGGGGAUAAAAAUUUCCGGUUUUGGUAUAUGGUCAAAGGGGAUAAAAAUUUCCGGUUUUGGCACUUUGUUCAAAGGGGAUAAAAAUUUCCGGUUUUGGUGUAUGGUCAAAGGGGAUAAAAAUUUCCGGUUUUGGCAUUUGGUCAAAGGGGAUAAAAAUUUCCGGUUUUGGCAUUUGGGUCAAAGGGGAUAAAAAUUUCCGGUUUUGGCAUUUGGUCAAAGGGGAUAAAAAUUUCCGGUUUUGGCAUGUGGUCAACGGGGAUAAAAUUUUCGGGUUUUGGCAUUUGGUCAAAGGGGAUAAAAAUUUCCGUUUUUUGGCAAUUGGUCAAAGGGGAUAAAAAUUUCCGGUUUUGGUAUAUGGUCAAAGGGGGUAAAAUUUUCAGGAUUCGGCAUUUGGUAAAAGGGGAUAAAAAUUUCUGGUUUUUGGCAAUUGGUCAAAGGGGAUAAAAAUUUCCGGUUUCGGUAUAUGGUCAAAGGGGAUAAAAAUUUCCGGUUUUGGCACUUUGGUCAAAGGGGAUAAAAAUUUCCGGUUUUGGCAAUUGGUCACAAAGGGGAUAAAAUUUUCCGGUUUUGGUAUAUGGUCAAAGGGGAUAAAAAUUUCCGGUUUUGGCAUUUGGUCAAAGGGGAUAAAAAUUUCCGGUUUUGGUAUUUGGUCAAAGGGGAUAAAA